AUGGACUGCUUUACCAAUACUGUCCCGUUCUGGAAAGGCCUCAAGAAAUGGCUGCCCUUUACCAAAACUACAUCGCAAGAACAAGAGAUCAUCAUUUUUGCCGGUGUGGAAAGAGGGCCUGAUGAUCUCGUGGUAACAUACCUUCGGUAUCGUUUUUAUGACCGCCUUCCUUGGGGCGAGUUCAAGAGACUCGGAAGCUCGGCAACACUUGCAGUGGUUAAAGCUGGCUGGAAUUGGAUUAUUCUGGAUCACAUGGCUGCAUCGGUACGCGAAGGACGAUUCAAGGAGUCGGAUCUGGAUAAGGCUCGGGAGAAGGCAAAGGAAAACCGUAAGAGUAAAUUCAGUCGGAGUGCUUCUGAUCCAAUCAGUUGUUUUGGUUGA